AGUGUGAAUACGAGUAUUGGCCACGAUUGCUCUUGUUAUUUUCUCGUUCCAUCUUGCAACUACUGUUUUUUGCUGUCAAAAUGCUAAAUUCUUGAGAUUUACGAUUCAUUCAAAGUUCUUCACUUUAUUCGAAUAAGAUUGGUUCAAAGCUUUAAUAUUUUAUUCAUUCGUCUUUCCGAUGAGUUGCAGUUAUGAUUGUAACUGCGACAGUAAACAGCCCCAUGCAGGUCAUUCAUUUCCAGAAUGUAAAAAUUCGACCGAAUCAGUGCAAUGUUGCUCAGAAAACUCAGAGCGAUUGCAAUCAGAUCCUAUCGUCUCCCAACCACAACAGUCAGACGUAAAUCCGAGUGAUUGGUUGGAUAUUCCAAGCGAACCUCUGAAUUGUCCACCCGGUUUGGAGUAUUUAGCUUCAGUGGAUCAGCUUUUGUUUAACCAAAAAGUGGAGUUUUUCGCUGGAUUCGAGAAAAAUGUCAAGUUUGACAUCAAAAAUGCAUCAGGCCAAAUCGUGUACUGGGCUGCCGAAGGUAAUGAUGUUUUCACUCGAUGCUGUUGCGGUUCGAAUCGACCAUUUGAUAUGAAAGUGCUUGACGGUUACAAAAGGGAGGUGAUGCACUUACAAAGACCGUGCACUUGUUCGGGUUUCUGUGGUCCUCAUUUUCCUGAACUGUUAGAGGUGUCAGCGCCUCCCGGUCAAUUGAUAGGAAAGAUUGAAGAAGACCUGAGCUAUCCACAAUUUUUGAUAAAAAAUCCCGUAGACGAUACGAUAUUACGUAUUGAAGGUCCACUUUGUGCAUAUCCGAACGGUAGCAAUGUCGAAUUUCAGGUUCUUUCUUUGAACGGUGCCCAGGUUGGUAAGAUAUCGAAGCAAGGACUUGGUCUAUCGCACGAAACAUCCAAUGAAGCGGAUAAUUUUAGCAUUAAUUUUUCGAUUAAUUUAGAUGUCCAGCUAAAAGCCAUCAUUAUUGGAGCUUGCAUUUUUAUUGAUUCCAUGUUUUUUGAACGUACGAAGGAUAACGAUUGAAUGUUCUGACUAUCUUGAAUCAAAAAUCUUCUUUGACCCGUUCAAAAACUAACUAAUUUUAUUGACCUAAUUCAUGUUUAGCUGAAGAAAAAAAAAACAACAAAUUUUUCAAGCAUUCCAUCCAAAUAUAGAAACCUGGCUGCCAUCUCAGCAAACACACAAAUACUUUUCCCAACCAACUCUUGACGCGGAAGAGUGAAAAAUUAUGCAUUUCAUGCUUGUAACAAAUUCCGUAGCCUUGUACAAUUGUUAUGCAAUUUUAUCAAAGAUUUGUUUUGAAUUUUAAAAUCGGUGUAGAUAUUUGUUAGGCUUCAAUCGUAGGACAGAUUUAAAUUUUAAAUCAUAAUAUGAAUAAAAUUAUUUUUUCGGAAUAAA